AUGGUCAAAGGGAUUGACACUUUGCAAUCCCUGUACUCGCGUUCGGGGAGGUCGUUUUCCGACUGCCCUUCUUUAAACGCAGCGGGUGGGUCUCGUCUUACUGCUCGACGAGACCAAGGACAUCAACAAUCAGCUGGGCACGAGGCUCCCAGUUGUCCCACGCCGGUGGAUUGCCACGCCAGCGGACAAGGUAACUCGUCCGGACGCCAUUCAGAUCGCGGUGGUUCAAAAUACGCUCCACUAGAAAGCAUUGACCACCGCUUGAGUCCACCAAAGGAUGUGGUGGCGGCGGGAACACCUGAUCCGGCUCGAGGGUCGGAUCAGCUUGAUGUUCAAGAGCUGAUAUCUGUAACGGAACAGUUGCAAGAUGACCUGGCUUACGAACAGACUCGGCUUUAUAAGCUUGAGGAUCUUGUAAGGGAUAAUUACAAUUCCCUAACGCACGAUCGUUCGGACGAUCGUGCCGCUUUUGCGUUCGCGCAACUUGAGAAUGAACGUUCGACUCGUUCUAUUCGUGAUGAGCUGGCUGUAGCUCGUUGA